AUGUCUAGCGUCUUAUUCACACACUUAGACUCUUUAGAAUUGGAGUCUGAAAACAAACUCUACGCCCCAAUAUUUGAUCAAGUCCGGAGUUAUUUCUCCGCAACACCAUUUGAAGGGUACUUCCCCAAAGAACUCCUUUCCAAAAUAUUUGCGAUGAGUGAAUCGACUUCGGAAGACGAUCAACUUGUCAACGCACUGAAACCUUUAGUCAAAAUAGCGUACAAGUACGCACUCUGUAAACCUUCUCAAUUUCCCGUUGGUGGGUGUUGUUAUUGUAAAGAGUCUGGGAAUGCAUACAUUGGCUUCAAUAUGGAGUCUGAGAAACAUUGGAUAGGGUACUCCGUCCAUGCAGAGCAGUGCACUUUUAAUAACGCUUUGAUACAUGGAGAGAAGGUGAUCGACUUGUUAGUCGUCAGUUAUACCCCGUGUGGUCAUUGCAGACAAUUUAUAAAUCAGUUCGCCUUCAGCAAAACACUCAAAAUAUUCAUCGUGACAAUCAACAAAGCUUUCAACGUCCACGAUCUGUUACCGUACGACUUCUCACCCGCAGACUUACCUGAAAUCAACUUCCCAGACACCGACAAUUUCUGUGUGAAGAAGAUGGAAGGCGACAAAGUCGACGAUUUGAAAAUUGAACAAGUCAUUAAAGCAGCUAAAAAGAGUCAUUUGGACAAUUUGGCCAAUUACUGCGCGGUUGGACUCUUCGUGAAGGACAAAGCCUUCUUUGGUAACUUCUUGGAAAACUGCGCACAUAACCCUUCAUUCCACCCAAUGAACGGCGCGAUCAGUCAGUUGGUUUUGAAUGGAUUUGGCGUCCAAGACGUCGAUGAAAUCGUUGCAGUGCAAUACGAAAAUUCGCCGUUCUGGAUGAAAGAAACUGUUCUUGGUGUAAUAGGUGGGUACGGCGAACUCAAGAAGAGCGUCAAAAUCACGUAUGUUGUUGUUUGA